UAGGAAGUCUUCUGGGUCUGCGAAGAAGUCAGCCACUCCCACAGCCAGGAAAAGUGUCGUGAGCAGGAGGACACCUGGGUCUUCUGGGUCGGGAAAGAAGUCGGGGUCAACGCCGAGAGCCCAGCCCUCGGUAAGAAAGGCUACGCCUGCGACGCCGGAAGGACACCACAAGAGGAAGGCCACCGAAAGGCCACUGAUGGCUGCCGGAAAGGGCAUCAGUCCCCUCCGAAAUUUCUACGGAAGGACCCCCGCCUCUGGGCGGAAGACGGGGCGGCACAGUGGCUCCGCAGUUCAUGCGAGAGUUGCGGCUCUCCGAGGAGGAGCAGGCGCAAGCCCCAAGGGGGGGACACCGGCUCGGCGCAGUUUAACGCAGCACGCCGCCUCCUCGGACCCCAACAAGUCCGCGGCGCUAAUGUGCAUCCACGCUCCGCGACGUUGGGCGGAUGUGGUGAAGCAAGGAGUGCCAAGGACGUCUUCCACCUGCGUGCAGAAGCGCGUGGCAGCGACGGCGCACAGGCGCAGGAAGUUUAAGAAUAUCGUGGCUGCUUCCACGGGCCUGUGCACUCCACGAGUACAGACUGCAUCAACUGGGCACGCAAACUCUCCAGCAACGAUCGUCGUGGGUCGCUCCCGCGUCCGCAAGAGUACACCCUCCCCGAACCUAUCUCAGUUUGCGACGCCCAGCAUUCCCACCGACGUAUUCGUGUCCCCGUUGUCAGUGACACAGGAGGGCGGUGAGGAGCCCGUGGCCGGCGGAAGCUCCGCUCGAAAGUCGUCGUUGAGCACCCGGACGAAGCCUGCGAAGCGGUCCCCCUCGCAUAAGGCGGACUACCGCGACGUCCGCGGCGUGAAGCGCAUGUUUGCGAAAACGAGCCCCGCGUCCGACUUCACCGAUGUCGGCGGGGUGAAGAGGAUCUUCGGAAAGCGGAGCCCCGCGGCGGACUACACGGACGUUACGGGGGUGAAGAGGAUAUUUGCGAGGGCCUCCUCCUCCGCCGGCGGCGAUUACGCGGCUGUGUCCCCAGUGGCCCGGUUGUUCCAGACUCCCGUUGAGGGUGCACCGGCUCCGCGGGAGGGACAGUCCUCUGCGAAAGGUGGCGAACAUCGAGGCAGCCUUUCUCCGGUUCCGAGAGGGACGCGGAGGUCCCAGGGGCUUGCGAAGCGCCAGUCUUCCGCAAGUUCUGCGGGAAAGGAAGAAUUGCCGCCAUCGAAGAGACUCAGGACACAAUCCCCGCGUGGGGGCGGGGCAAACGUUUCUUCCCCCCAGAAGGAGGAAAAGCCGCCCUCGUCUCCGCAGCGCCUCCCAGUAAAAGAAACGAGACGUUCCUCUCGGAAGAGUGGGUCGCUGGGCGGAAGACGGUCGCCGGGAAAAUCUCCGCAGAAAGAGGUUGUACCUCCUCGAUCGCCUUCGAAAAACUCGACUCUGACGCGCUCCCCACUGGGGAGCAAGACACCCCAGGAAGAAAGGCAACCUGCUGGGGCCCAGCUGCGUACGAGGACCUCUUCUCCAACGAGAUUGCCGCAGCGAGGGACCACGCGUGUUUCUCCUGCACGGUCCCCACGAAAGCCGGCGUCACCCGAACGCCGGCCACCGGCCAAAACUCCAUCCCCUACGAGAUCGCCGCGGAGAGCGACAGCUUCUCGUCCGUCGCCUGUCAAGACCGGAUCGCCCUCGCCAUCCUCCAAGUCCCCUGGACCAAAGUCGUCAGUUGCAGCAGGGCGUGAAGGCAAGGAAGCUGCCUCCCCCAAAGGGGUACAAGCAGGGAAAGCAGGUGCUUCUGUCCAGGUUCAGGCGCAGGUCCUACUUGCAGAAGCUGUUGCUCCUGCCAAACCUGCCAAACGAAGCACGCCGGCGAGUACGCGUGGGAGAGCGGCCGUGACCACUAGGACGUCCGCACAGGAUAAAUCUGCGACCCCUUCGGAAACGCCCGUCAGGAGAUCGGGAAGAGGGGAAGAGAAGACGCCCGUCAAGCGAUCUGCGCGAGGAAAAGCCGGAACCCCCGCAGAAGCUACGGGAUCGUCGGUCAAGAAAUCCGCUGGGCGCUCGACAGGAAGAACGCCUGCAGAGGCUGCAGCUACGCCUGGUAGAAGGGCCACGAGACGCGCUAAGGCCAAAGAAGCAGCAGAAGCCCCGACCACACCUGUGAAGAGAGGAGCACGGGGAAAAAAGCCGGCGAAAGAAGCACCAUCCUCUCCCAGGGAUGCAGUUGUAGAUGCUCCUGCUCCCGCGAAAGAGGCACCAUCCUCCCCCAGGAAGGUUCUUGCAGAUUCUCCCGCUCCCGUGAAAAGCACCAGGGGUGCGAGAAGAAAAGCGUCUGCGGAGCAGGAAACGGGGUCGGCCGUCCCUGCCAAGUCUCCUCCUCGCAGGAGGGCCGUUAGGGGAGCCGCCAAAGCGGUGGCGUCGAGCGCCUCUUCCACGCCGAAGAAGAGGACUCGUGGAUUGGCUCCCACAAGCAGCCAGUCUCCUGUCAGUCCGGUGAAUCCAGCGCAAGACGAGGAAGAAAAACCUGCCGCAAAGCUCGCGACAAAGUCGCCCUUGAGGGGAGGCAAAAGGCAGGUGACACGACGGGGAGGCAAGCAAGCGGAGCAUCCAAGUUCGCCUCCAAAAGCACCAGCGGAAGAAGCUGACUUGCCGGCCACCCGCCAAGCAUCAAGGCGUCGGGCUGCAUCCAAGAAGCAUCCAAGUUCGCCUCCAAAAGCAACAGCGGAAGAGGCUGACUUGUCCGCUACCCCCCCGAGCAGCAAGGCGUCAGGCUGCAUCCAAGGCGCAUCCAAGUUCGCCUCCAAAAGCAACAGCGGAAAAGGCUGACUUGCCCGCUACCCCCCGAGCAUCAAGGCGUCAGGCUGCAUCCAAGGCGCAUCCAAGUUCGCCUCCAAAAGCAACAGCGGAAAAGGCUGACUUGCCCGCUACCCCCCCGAGCAUCAAGGCGUCAGGCUGCAUCCAAGGAGCAUCCAAGUUCGCCUCCAAAAGCAACAGCGGAAGAGGCUGACUUGCCGGCCACCACCCGAGCAUCAAGGCGUCAGGCUGCCAAGAAGCCCUUAACGGGAAAGGAAGGGGCAGUUCGAAGGGGUCGCCGUGGAGCCAUUGUGGAGGCAUUGGCAGAUGUACAACAGAUCCACGAGCUUCAGGCCAAACUCUCUCCAAUUAAAGAAGCUCGUGAAGAAGGCCCGACUCCAGCAAAGUUGCGAAGAACGGCUGCAACUAGAGGCGCAUCUACCGGAGCACAAAGACGGGUAACACGAUCCGCCAGCAAGCAAGUCUAAGGGAAAGACAUAAAGAGGAGAUAAGAUUUUAUCUCCAUUUUAUAUAUGGCAUAUUUUUAUUUUAUUGCAUUGCCCACGAGCAUUACCUGUUCUCUUCUUGUUUUGUUUUUUUGUGUUUUUUUUUUUUCGGUCUAGGACUAGCAGGAACAUAUUUCCUUCGUGUGCUGUGGAAGUGCUCUUUCCAUGUCCCCCCCCCCCCUCUUUUUUGCCAGUUUAGAUGUACGUUACAGGGUCCAAACACCAGCAAAGUGCCGAUUGAGUCUAGCUACUUUUUUUUUUAGGUUUUCUUUUUUCUUCCUCUGUGCAUUAAGAAGAAAUUACGGUAUAUGUAUGAAGUGUUCCACCAAAACCUACGCAGGAAAAUCAAAGUUCUUUUCAGAAGAGUGUGCUGCCAGCUUGUGAUCACACAACGAGCAAGGCACUAUCCAACGUGAACCACGUUUUUGUUCUUUUUAGGUGGGCGAACACAAGGGCUCGGGGCAUUUCAUAUAGUACGUUGUGCAUAAAACUAUACAUCGACUACAUUUGUUUUAGAUUUUGAAUGUACGUGUUUCUAAGCUAUAUCAUUCAUCUUGCCAAAGGCCGCAGGACUCUUAUGUAUGUAUCCAUGCUAGCAAAAUCCCUGAGACGAGGGACAAAAAGGAUGUGUGUGGGUCUUGCCACCCGUGUGUCUUGAGGGGUAUUGCCAUUAAUAGGUUUUUAUCAUCCACUUGCUUGCUACCUCACCAUCUUUUCACUGAUGCAUGUAUAAUUGGACAGAGCUCUUGCUUGAGCGGUAUGUUGUGUACCGUUCACCAGUGAUGGUGGAUAACGCUGUUGACAUUGCGGUGAAGUUCUGUACCAGGUGCGGUUUCAUGAUGUAUUAAACAUUUUGGAAAUGACAA